AUGGUGAUUCCUCCACGCUGGCAGCGGAGGCUGCGUGGUCUUCGGCGGUUUGCCGGCUCCAAACAACGUCGGCGCCAAGAGUUGAGUGUAGAAGAAGAUAGGGCGGCGAGAAAUGAGAGCAACGAUCGGUCGUCGUCGUUCCAAGCCUUGAAGGCUUCUUCUGCAGCGCUAAGCAUCACUGGUCGAAGGAUGAAAGUGGCGGUCGGACUCGACACCGACGAUGGCGAGACGGUAGAACAGGGGCAGCGGACUCCGACCACGGUUUGGAGGUUAGAUCUCGGCGGCUCGAUAUUUCCGACAAUAGCGUUGUGGAGGCAUCCGGCGGUUGGCAACCUCAACGGAGGUGGUGCGACGCCGGAGUUUGAAAGGGUGAGAGCGGCGGCUACCGGAAGUGAAUAA